UAUCUUUGGGACCCCUCUGGUGACUGGUACAAGAACUUCACUGUCCGGAACAACACGUCAUUUUCUUGCAAUGUAAUUUUUUGAGAUAUUGUGAAAAUCUGGCUUAGGAGUCGCGUGGGAAAAUGGUUUAUGUGUCACGAGAUGGCACCGUCCACAACAGUGCUCCUUGGAGUCUGGAGAGGCUGGUGUCAAUCUUCUGGGCUGUCGUCAACUUCAUCUAUGUUUUCUUCCUCACAAUGUUCAACAUAGAUCCAGACAAUCCCAGUGGGGGAUUCUCGAGGAGUUCCUGGGGCGGCGGAGGAGGAAGUGGCGGCGGCGGAAACCCUCCGAGGCCGCCAACGAGACGGAUGGGCGGCUUCCGGACCAUCUCUGACUGCUCAGUUCCUGGCGGUGGAUGAGCGCGGUAAAGUGUCUCCGGUGAGAUUAGCUUCUCACCAGGAGGCACAGCUAUUGGGGGUCCGCUGAGUGGCUCCUGACAGACCGUCUGAGCCUCUGUGCUCUCUGUGACGAGGAGUCCGUAAACCACGUGAAACUGGUGGGGCUUCUCCGAAGUGGCGCCUGUUGGGACUCAUCUGCGGGCGGGUCGAUCAAAUCCUCGAAUUAUAGUCAAAAUCAUUGAAUUACUUUAAUUAAUUCCGGUAACAUUUGUUGGGAUUCGUGCUGAAUUGUUAACAGGUUUUUCUGUGGCGGGAAUAAAGUUUGUCCAUAUUGUGGGUGAUGGUAGCAAAUGUGUCUUACAUUUCUUACAUGAUUUCCCAGACUUUCACAGGGAAUCACUGCAAUUAGGAUGACUUUGACUAAGUGAUUUAUCAUGAUUCAUCAGCACCGGAUGUGAAGACGAGUGGAAAGCGUGUCAAGCAUCAUGAAAGAUGAGAUUUCGAGAUCUGAGGGUUUGUUCAGUGAUACCUCGCAAAUUUGUUACUAAACUAAUGCUUAAGAAGGAAAUAGAGUCCUAAAGUCUUUAAGUAAAGAUUGAGAGAAUCGAACAAAUUACCAAAACCUGGCAAUCUUUGAAUCUAUUCUCAUGAGAACCUAGAGAACCUUUCGUUUUGAGUGAAUUCCUGCUCUGUAAAUGUUUGCAAAUUAAAGCAUUUAAUUGAAUUGA